GCGCUGCAGCAGUGCCUGGUGGGGCGGGGGCCGCGGCGGGGGGCGUGGCGGGGGCGGGGGCGGGGCGGCCGGGCCAGGGCAGCGCCAGUGCUCGCGAGCGCCCAGCGGCAGCUCCAUGGCGCCCACCGCCCCGCGCCGCCCACGCAACUGAGCCUCCGCCUGCGCCCUCGGCUGCGCCUUCGCCUGCGCUCAGGAUAUUCUAGCACAGAAAGACAGAUGGACAGAAAAAAUGAAAGACACGCACUACUUCAGAAAAUGAGGAAUAUACAACUGCAGAAGGAGGGCGGAGGGGCGAUGUGAGGGGCGAUGGCCGGGCGGGCGCCCGCCGCCGCCGCUGCCGCCGUGUGGCCGAU